GGGGCUGGUGAAACUGUGGAGUGCUUUGACGUUGCUGGGAUCUUAUCAGAAUGAGGCUUGUGCUUUUAGGGUCAUACAGGUGUCACCUUUUUUGCUAGCUUUGUCUGGAAAUAGCCGAGAAUUGCAAUUAGGCGAGAGUUUGACAUCUUGAGGAGACCCUACAGAACACAUACCUUGGAAAAAUGACGUUUAUUCUGACCAGAAAUAUUUUCAGCCGAAGUAUGUGCUGUGUUGUCAACUCUGCAUUUUCUGGAAGGCUGACAGUUCCUCCACCUCUUUCAGUAAGGCACAGGUCGCUCUACGUCGGGGAACGAGCGUCACUUGCAAAAUCAUUCAGUGCCAGAGAUGUGGCGCUUUUUGCUGAGCUCACUGGAGACACAAAUCCUCUCCACCUCGACCCCGAGUAUGCCAAAACGACCUCUUUCGAGACCCCCAUUGUUCACGGAGUGCUGAUCAACGGUCUGAUCUCAGCAGUUUUGGGGACCAAGUUGCCCGGCAAAGGUUGCAUUUUUCUCUAUCAGGAAAUACGUUUCCCGGCACCCCUCUACAUUGGAGAGGAGGUGGUGGCGGAAGCAGAGAUAAAAAAAAUCAAAAUGUCCUUCGCUUUCAUUUCUGUUUCCUGCACUGUCAAAGACAAAGUGGUCAUGGAGGGAGAGGUCAUGGUUAUGAUACCAGAGAACUCGCAGCGACCAUGAGAAACAUGAAGUGUGUGUUGUUCACUUUUGUUAUGUGCAAAAUGUGCUGCAAGGAAUCCAAUUAUUUAAUAAGAUUUAAUGCUUCUGUAAAAGAAACCGAUUAACUGUAAGGUUUGAAUUUCUCUCUUUUUUUUGCUGAGGUGUAGUUUAAAUAAAAUUAUGUGGGGAAAAUAUUUAAUCUAUUGAGGUUUCGUUGUCUAGGCAAUUAUAGCAAUAAAAAUGGUCAUUACCUGUAAAAUAAUGUUUUUUCAAGUUCAUCAUCUACAUGGUCUUCAAAAUUAGGUUCAAUUGAAUGCUUUUUGACAAAUGUAUUUAUUUACAUUUGUAAGUCCCUUAAGGCAUUUUACUCCCCAAGAGUACUGUAUUAUUGUGUAUAUACUUGUUUUAUUGUCCAAAUAAUAGUUUCUAAAAAAGGAAGCUGAGAGACAAUCUGCUGCGACUGAUCACAUGACAUUACUAACUUUUAGCUGUACUGCUAGCUGUGUCACAAAGAUGCAAAACUUGUUUUACAAGAUUAUACCGACAGAAAAAGUAAGCAAGUGCCAACAUGACGCUACAAUAGUAUUUUAACCUUUCUACUUUUUCUACCUUUUUCUUGGUAGCCUCAGAAGAAGGAUAUGACUGAUUUUAGCCGUGAGCCCUAUAUGGUUUCCUGUUUAAACACUUACAAAGCCCAUUUGGUAAAAUAUAACACACAACGUUAAAUUAUAAGUAAAUAAACUCUACAAUAAGGAAAACCGGAUUUAUUUUGAUGUAAGAACACAUUUAACAAUAUGUCGUUUACGGUAAACAACUCCACGGCGGCGCUGCGCAGACUG